AUGGUGUUUAUUGAACUAGAGAAAGUGUACGACAAGGUCCCUGGGGAGGUCCUUUGGAGAUGCUUGGAGGCUAUAUGUGUUCCUGUAGCGUACAUGAGACUGACUAAGGAAAUGUAUGAUAGAGCUAAAACUCAAGUGAGGACAGUGGGAGGAGACUCGGAACAUUUUCGGUUUGGAUGGGACUACAACAAGGAUCUACGCUCAGCCCAUUUUGACGAUGGAUACGCUGAUGUGUCAUAUUCAACGGGGGGUGCUAUGACCAUAGAGUCUAAGGGUUUCAAGUUGAGCAAGACAAAAGCACAGUACCUAGAGUGCAAGUUCAACAUAGUGUCAGGGGGAGCAGAUAUAGACAUGAGGCUUGAUUCACUAGUCAUCCCCAAGAAAGCAAGUUUCAACUAUCUUGGGUCAGUUAUCAAAGGGGACAGGGAGAUUGACAAGGAUGUCACACACUGUAUAGGGGCAGGGUGGAUGAAAUGGAGGCUAGAAUCUGACGUUCUGUGUGACAUGAAUGUGCCACCAAAUAUUUAG